UUUCUGAGAGAAAAAUUCAGAACGUUAUUUGUAUUGUUAUUAGUCAUGUUCCGGAUUUGAAUCCUUAUUUCAAAAUUCGGGGUGUGACAAUUAGAUCGGAGGAAGGAGGAGGAAGAAGAAGAACAGGUAUUUGGGUAUUGAUUGUGGGGGCAAAACGGAGACCGGCUCAACAAAAAUCUAAAGUCACUGAGGUCGCGGUCGAUGGCGUCGUUUCGGGGAGCGAAGAUGGUGAUGUUGUGGCGGCCGACGGCCUCUUCGAGAGUCCGCAAGAGCAAGGCCUUCUCAACGAGCUCGGCCAAAUCAGAGUAAUGCGAGUCGAGAAGGGCCACCAGGACAGAGUUGGAGUUGAUCUAAGCGGUGGACGCAGAGGAGGAUGAGGAGGAGGGCUUCUGAGGAUAUUCGGGCAAUGCGAAGCAGGUUUCGGCGAAGAAGAGGAGGAGGAGGAGAGAUGAGAGAGGAGAGAGGAGAGAGGCGAGAGCCAAUGCGGUGGAUUCAGAGAGAGAAAGGGAAGAAGAAGGAGAAGGAGGAGGAAGAGAGAGAGAUAUAUGUUUUUAUUAUUAUUAUUUUUAUUUAUUUUUAUAAAAUUAAUUAGUAGAGAAAGACAAUUUUACCCUUGAUAAAAAUAUAACAUGGGACCCACUUGCUUGCCACGUCAGUGAACAGACGACACCGUCAGAGAUUUUUGACAGAAGUAUCACGUUGAUGUCAAAAUACGUCUUUGGGUAGCACAUUGAUACUUUUGAGAGUUCGGGUAUCAAAUUGGCUUUGGCAGCAUAGUUUAGGGACGGUAGCUGAAUUUUUCUCUUUCUGAGUCACCCUGGUGACCCAUGUCUUAUUGGAAAAUGUGUUCGUGACCUAAAGAGUGAAAAUUAACACUAAAAUCUAAUGAAUAGUAUGUGACCCAGUAACCUAACGGAUAAACUUGAUUUUAUUGGGGACACGCAGCCCAAACGGCGUCUUGUCCAAUGUCAGAGUAUCUUUCUUCCAUAAAUACUCAUUCAUCAUUACACCUUUCUUCUCUUAUUUUCUAUUCCAUUACUUUCUCCGAGGGCCUCAAAGCUUUCACAUAUCUCACUGAAGCAGACCUCCAAACUCCAAAAACAUUAGAAAUUCUUACUAAGCAGUGUUUCUGCAUGUUGACGGAGAAGCCAUGGGAAAUCCCAGCAUUGAAGCCAUGCAACACAUAGAAGAGAUCAGGACAAACAAGUUCUCAAUAGGGAAGAAAGAACCAAACCCCUUAACUCUUGAUCUUCACCAUGCUGUCACCAGUCUAUCUGCAGAGCUGUAUCAGAAAGACAUCCAUUUCCUGAUGGAGCUCAUACAGAAUGCUGAAGACAAUGAGUACAAAGAAGGUGUAGAACCGACUCUGGAGUUUGUGCUGACCGAGAAAGACAUAACUGGGACUGGAGCACCGGCUACUCUUUUGGUUUUCAAUAAUGAGGUUGGCUUUUCCAGGGAGAAUAUAGACUCCAUUUGCAGCAUUGGCCGUUCUACCAAGAAAGGGAAGAGACGUCAGGGCUUUAUUGGAGAGAAAGGAAUUGGAUUCAAAAGUGUGUUUCUUGUGAGUUCACAACCUCACAUAUUUAGCAAUGGAUAUCAUGUCAAAUUCAGGGAAGAACCAAACCAGGUCUGUGGUAUUGGUUAUAUAGUUCCUGAAUGGUUUAGGGCUGCAGAUUUGUCAGUAUUAAUGGUUCAGGCUGUGUAUGGGCACGGCAAGGACUUGCCAACAACUACGUUCGUACUUCCUCUAAAGCGAGACAAGGUGGAAGCAGUGAGAGCACAACUGUUGGAGCUGCACCCGGAGAUUCUCUUGUUCUUAUCCAAAAUAAAGCGGCUAUAUGUACGUGGGUGUGAUCCUCAAAAAGCUGAUGAUGUCUCAACAUUAUCUAUAUUUAGUGAGACUGAACAUACAGAGUUAAGGAGUAAAACAGCCAAUUCUCGUGUCGUGCAACUUUCUGUUAAGGAAAAAAUGUGUGAUACUGAGCAGUUGUGCAAGUAUUACUUGUGGAGAGAGGAGUUUCCAGUGAAACCUGGGAAUAGAGUUGAAAUAAGGAUGGAUGUGGAGAAAUGGGUGAUUACUCUUGCUUUCCCAUUUGGAAAAAGGCUGAGAAGAGGAACGUCUCCUGUUGGUAUAUUUGCUUUCCUGCCAACAACAAUGGUCACAAACUUCCCCUUUGUAGUUCAAGCUGACUUCAUCCUUGCUUCUUCGCGCGAAUCCAUAAUUUUGGACAAUUCAUGGAACAUGGGAAUUCUUCAAUGUGUCCCAUCAGCCUUUGUGAAUGCAUUUCAACAUUGCGUGGGACAACUGAACCUCUUUUCUUCUGUAAGUCAGCCAUUUGAGUUUUUACCUGCUCAAAACUCGCCAACACCAGAGUUUAAUACAGUACAAGAGUCCAUUAGGACUAGGCUGCAAGGUCUAAACAUAGUGCCCUGUAAAAGAUUUUUUGGUGAUAGUCUUUCCUCCAAGCUGCCUCGACGUGUAGUACGGAUCAAGCCAAAAUUUAGGGACCUGGUUGUUAAAAUUAAAGCGGAAGGUGCUGUUUUUGGCAGUUCAUCUUCAUCUUCAUUGAAGAGGGUCUUGGAUUCAUCUCUGGAUGUUGAAAAAUACAGGGACAUUAUGAACUUUCUAGGUGUGGCAUAUGCUGAUGAUGAUUGGUACACAGCCUGCAUCAACUCUUGUAAUCUUUUGUUGUUAUCAGAUGAAGUCUACAUUGAACUACUUGGUUUUUUGGCUGAUAAUGAUGCAGGGUUUGACUCAGAUAGCAUUGAGACCAUACCUCUUCUUAAGUAUACUGAUCGGAAAGGGAGUCUGGCCUUGUGUACAAUUAAAACUACAGAAGUGGAACUCAAGAUUCGAUAUGCUAUGGGCCUGGAGCUUCACACAUGGCUCAGCAAGUGCAAUAUGGAGUUUGGCUGUCCUGAUAAUGUGUAUUUCUUACCAAAUAAGACACUGGAAGCUGUUUUGAAUCACCAGAAAAGUCAUCCCCCAAAGCGACGUUAUAGAAAGAAAAAUUACAUGGAGAGCUCAUCUGUCUGCAAUUGGCUGAAUAGAAGUGCUGGAGUGAAAUCUCUUUCAGCAUAUGAUUAUGCUUUCUUACUUUUGAAUCAUGUAUCAAAGAAGGAAUCCAAUGUUGCAGUCAGAUUAUCCAAUUUCCUUUAUCUUGCCCACAAGGAAGGCUUCCUCACUGAAUAUCAAAUAUCUGAUCUUUGUGGUAGGAUUCCAAUUGUUGAUGGGUCUGAUAAAGUAAGAGUGCAAAGAACCGUAACUUUGGUCCCUUCAUCAGGGAGCAAAUGGGCCAAAUUGUUUGGACUUCAAAAUCCAUUUGCUGAACAACAUUAUGUUGAUAUAGGGGAUGUUUAUGCUAAAAGCAGUUUGUUUCUUGGGAAAUAUUCUACCCCUGAGAAAGAGCUUCUGUAUUUUGUUGGCGAGUAUAGCAAAGCUACGGACUUACCCGACUUGUGUCCUCCUGAUGUGGUGUUACAGAUCGCAUCUCAUGAACUCUCGAGUGAGCAGGCCUUUUUACUCCUUGAUUGGAUCAGGUUACUGCGCACCAAGAAUUCAUCCAUACCCAAAAACUUCAUUGAAAGCAUUGAAAAUGGAAAGUGGAUGAAGACAUUCUCAGGUUAUAAAUCUCCACAAGAGGUCAUUUUUCCAGAUGAAACAGGAAAAGUUAUUUUUGAUUUGAUGAAGCAUGUUCUGGAGGAUGUUGCUAUUUUGGACCAAGAAUUUUAUAUGAAUAAAAUCAAACUUUACCAAGAUGAACUGAAAUUUCUUGGUGUGCGGCUUGGAUCUGAGAAUAUAGGGAAGCUGGUCACCACUCGCUUUUUGUCUCUCGCAUCUUCUGGAAUGAGCAAAGAAUCCACAUAUUCUUUGCUAACUUUCAUUAGCUUCUCUAGAGGGAGGAGCAUGGUUGAUAAUGGUUGGUUGGCUGUUAUGAAGGAGAAGAAGUGGCUGAAGACGCUCCGAGGUUACAAUCCUCCCAACGGAUCUAUUCUUUUGCUGCAAUCUGAGAUAGAAGUUGAAAACUGUUCAAAGGUUACAAAUCUUCCGAUUGUUGAUGAAGCAUUCUAUGGAAGCAGAUUAGGUUCAUUCUUAUCUGAGUUGAGGCUACUUGGAGUGACAUAUGAUGCGGAUGUGCUCCAAAGAUUGGUUGCAGAGAACGUAAAUCUAACUUCAAAUCUGUCUUCUAUGACUGGUGGUUGUGGUUUGCUGAUUCUUAAAUGUGUUAGAUGGUUGGGAUCUGGAGCUGCAGGCUUGAUUAACAGGAUAAAAUGCCAUCCUUGGGUAAAGACAACUCUAGGUUUCAAAAGCCCUUCGGAAACUGUUCUUCCUGAUCCUAAGUGGGUUUCUUUGCUCAGUACUCUUCAAGUCCCUGCCAUAGAUGAAUUGUAUUAUGACAAUGCAAUUAGGCAAUUUGUUGAUGAAUUGAAUGCAUUGGGAGUGGUAGUUGAUAACACUGGAACAACUGUGAUGAUAGCUGCUCGUUUUAAAUCCCUAUUGUCUUCCUCUAGCUUAGAUCCUGCCACUGUUAUGGCGCUGUUACGUUGCAUCAGAGAAAUGAAUCUAACUAUGUCUUUACAACACUCUGAACUGCAGUGGCUGCUGUCUGAAAAAUGGUUAAAAACUCGGCAUGGAUUCAAGACUCCUGAUGAAUCAAUUAUUUUCAGCUCUAAAUGGGGACAAUUGAUGUUGUUUGUUGAUCUUCCUCUAAUUGAUGACGUGUACUAUGGUACUGGCAUAUAUAAGUUUAGGGAUGAGCUAGAGAAGUUGGGUGCCAUCACCGAUUUUGAACGAGGAGCUCUAUUUGUAGCUAAAGGUCUACACAGUCCUAUUGAAGCUGAGCUACUUGAUGCAGAUGGUAUUAGAUCAUUGCUAGAGUGCAUAAAGUCUCUGAUGUCCCGAUCGCUUGAUGAUCCCUUAGUGGGAGAUUUUCUGAAGAACAUUGCAAACAGCAGGUGUUUGAAGACCACAAACGGUUAUAAAGUGCCAGAAGACUGCAUUCUAUUUGAUUCAUCCUGGGAAUGCAUUCUGAACAGGUUGGAUGCACCAAGCAUUGAUGAAGCAUUUUACAGAACUGACAUUUCUGCUUACAAGAAUCAAUUGAGAGAUGUUGGUGUGAAGGUAGAUCCUCAGGAUGUUUGUUCUCUUCUUUCUGGUCAUCUUUUGUCACUGACAGACACAGCUUCAAUAACAAGGAUAUAUAGCUUCCUCAACAAGUUCCAGUGGAGUCCUAAAGUUCUAAAUAAGUGCAACUCUCAGGUGUGGAUUCCUGAACCAAAGAGUAAGGCAGGGGCAUGGGCAAAAUCUCAAUGUUGUGUACUUCAUGAUAAGAAAAAUCUGUUUGGCUCUUGUUUGUUCAGUCUGGACAAAUCUUACAGUAAAGAGCUUCUCCCCAUUUUUUCUACAGCCUUUGGAGUUCCUGAAAAUCCAUCUAUCAAGGAUUACUUGCUGCUAUGGGACAUUUGGGCCUCAAUGAACAACUCUAAAGUGACAGUUGAAAAAUGCAGCUCGUUUUGGAAAUGUAUUGUUGACAACUGGAAUCCACACAUUGAAGAGACCCUAAAACAGAACUUAACAAAAGUACCUGCCACAAUGUCCAUGUCGGGGCAAAUAUAUCUGAUCAGAAAAGAGGAAGCAUUCAUUGCUGAUGAUUUGCAACUGAAAACAAUUUUUUCGAGCUUUGAUAAGGCACCUCUGUUUGUCUGGUUUCCUAAUAGCUCGUCUUCUGUUCCUCAUAGAAGACUUCUUGAAAUUUAUGAAUCUCUUGGAGUUAGAAAGAUCUCUGCAUCUGUUAAGUGCACUGUGAAGGGCAUGCUAUCAUCAGAGCAUUGGGAAAAGGUCGAACAAAAUAAUGGAUUGAUUGGCAGGAGUUUGACCAAAAUUGUUCUGGCUUUUCUUGCUGGUCCUGAGCUGAAUAUGCCGUUCAAAGAGAGACUUGAGGCUGCAAAAUCGAUGAGUGUGCUGACAGCGUAUAAGACUGACAAACCAAUUAAAGUCUGUUAUCGGCUAAUGCCAUGCGCAAGUACAACAGUGGAAGUGGAAAAACUGAAGCUGGUUCUUUGGGAGAAGGAUUCUAAGCGGCUGUUCAUUGAUAAAUCAGGUUAUGAUGGAGGAAAAUGUGAUUUAGAAUUCGUUACUUCUUUUGCCAAUGAACUGGCACAAGAACUACUAGCACAGGCAAGACCCGCAGCUGCACAUGCAUUAAGCAGAAUUAUCCAAAUGGCAUACAUAUAUGGUUUUAAUGAGAAUGAAGUGGAGUUUUUGCUGAUGACUGAAAACUUAGAGUUAUUUGUGGAAGAUAAGAAGUUUCUUGAUGAUGCAUAUCCUGUUAGCCAAAAGCGCACAAGUAAGAAGCUAGAGCAAUUAGGUCCCUCAACACCAAUGCCUACCUGCAAGAAGCAGCUUUGGCACACUAUCUUGUAUGUCCCUUUUGAAGAAGCAAUGUUGCGUGAAUUUACCGUUUUGAAUGUCUACAAGUUAGUGGAUGAGCCUCUUAACGGAGUUUUAACUAGUGAUUUUUUCAUUGUGAUCUCAUAGUUACUUACGAAUUCGUCUCCUCUUGUUAGCAACUUAGCAAUCAACAGAGCUUGUGACGACGUUGUUUACUAAAUUACUAGACAGCUUUACAUUACGCUUAC